CCUUAUCGCAGAGUACAUGCAGAAACGCAAGCAGACGGAGGAGAAGAAGAAGAAGGAGGAGGGCAAGAGGAAAGGUGUCAGGGAAGAGGAAAAACGGAGAGGAAGAGGAGUCAAACGUCACCGUUGUAAGCAUUGUGGGAAAUCCUUCACAACAUCUGGAUAUUUAAAGAUUCAUCAGAAAGUUCACACUGGAGAAUUACCUUACAGCUGUGAUCAAUGCGGGGCGGCUUUCACACUACCGAGUUACCUGAAAAAACAUCAACGCAUUCACAGUGGAGAGAAGCCGUACAGCUGUGAUCAAUGUGGGGCAGCCUUUACACUACAGUGUAACCUAAAAACACAUCAACGCAUUCACACUAGAGAGAAACCGUACAGCUGUGAUCAAUGUGAGUCUGCUUUCACAGUACAGUGUAACCUAAAAAAACAUCAACGCAUUCACACCGGAGAGAAGCCUUACAGCUGUGAACAAUGCGGGGACACUUUUUCUCGGGGCGAUGCCCUUCAAUCUCACCAGCGCGUUCACUCUGGUGAGAAGCCGUACUGGUGUGACCAAUGUGGGGAAACCUUUUCUUGUUGUAGUAACCUUAAAUCUCACCAGCGCAUUCACACUGGAGAGAGGCCGUACUGGUGUGACCAAUGUGGGGAAACCUUUUCUAAGAGUUGUAACCUUAAAAGACACCAGCUCGUUCACACCGGAGAGGAGCCGUACUGGGGUGAACAAUGUGGGGAAACCUUUUCUCAGAGUGGUCACCCUUAAAAGACACCAGCGCAUUCACU